UUGCUUGGUGGUGGCGUGGCCAUGGAAGACAAGAGGCAGUACCCGGCAUUGGCCAGUGACUAUCAGCUUCUCGAGGAGGUAGGGCAGGGAGUGAGCGCCACGGUCUAUCGCGCGAUGUGCAUCAGCUUCAAAGAGAUUGUGGCCAUCAAGAGCCUCGACUUGGAGAAAUGUAGUUCCAAUCUGGAUGAAAUCCGGAAAGAGGCCAAGACCAUGAGCCUGAUAAACCAUCCAAAUGUCGUGAGAGCGUACUGCUCGUUCGUGGUGGAGCACAGCCUCUGGGUGGUCAUGCCUUACAUGGCUGGCGGCUCGUGCCUUCACAUCAUGAAAGCAGCGUACCCGGAUGGCUUUGAGGAGGCUGUCAUCGCGACGGUCUUGAAGGACACUCUUAAAGCUCUCGAGUACUUGCAUCGUCACGGGCAUAUUCACCGUGACGUGAAGGCAGGGAAUAUAUUGAUCGAUAGCAAUGGCGCCAUAAAACUAGGGGACUUCGGUGUUUCGGCCUGCCUUUUCGAUACCGGGGAUCGUCAACGAUCCCGAAAUACGUUUGUGGGGACCCCUUGUUGGAUGGCUCCAGAAGUCAUGGAGCAGAUACACGGUUAUGAUUUUAAGGCUGAUAUCUGGUCCUUCGGGAUCACUGCGUUGGAGUUGGCUCACGGGCAUGCACCGUUUUCGAAAUAUCCUCCGAUGAAGGUUUUACUAAUGACGCUGCAAAAUGCGCCUCCUGGUCUUGAUUAUGAACGUGAUCGACGUUUUUCUAAGUCUUUCAAGGAGAUGAUUGCAAUGUGCUUGGUGAAAGAUCCAACUAAACGGCCUACUGCGGAGAAGCUGUUGAAGCACUCGUUUUUUAAAGGUGCAAAGUCUACUGAAUAUUUGGUUCGGCAUGUGUUGGAAGGACUACCUCCGUUAUGGGAACGAGUGAGAACUCUCAAGAUAAAUGAUGCUGCUCGACUUGCGCAAAAGAAAAUUCCAUAUGGCGAGCAGGAAGAACAAUCACAGAAAGAGUAUAAACGAGGUGUGAGCAGCUGGAAUUUUGAUGUCGAGGAUUUGAAGGCUCAGGCCGCGCUGAUUCAAGACGACGACGACGUGUAUCCUGAAAAGAACGAUGAAAAUUCUUCUUUUUUCAAAGAAAGCCCCGAGAUUGUUGAACUGCCUGAUCACGAACGCGCUCAAUCACCACCAUCCAAACCCGAAAGUGCAACCGAUGCUGCCGAUCGUUCAACAGCUCGGGGACGGUUAAUCAUUCCUUCAAAGUUUAAUGGGAAGCAAGGGCUAGCCGCUGGGAGAAAGGAACCCAAGCACAUUGGGCGAUUCGACGUUUUCGAAGAUGACCUGGAAAUGGAGAGCCCUGGAUGGCAUGAAGGCAUGAAGGUGAAGGUGGACGAAAGCGAGUCACGGAGGGAAGAGAAAGAGUCACGCAAGAUCGACGAGAAAGAUGACAAAGAGAGAAGGCGACUCGAUGGUGAAGAACAUCGGAAGUCUGCUAGCGGUCCUUUGCUACCUGAUCGCGUUCUUGCGUGUUUUCGAGAAGAAAAAGAAAGGUUGUCCGUCCGUGGUAUUGAUGAUCUAGUGCGAACCCGCUCAUCAUUCAGUGGGCCUUUGCCUUGUGGAUUUGCAAAUGGUUCUCCAGGACCUUCAAGAGCUUCAGCAGGUAGCAAAGAGGCCUCAGAGGAAAAAUCAAAGGGAACGCUUGUGAAAGGCAGAUUUCGGGUGACAUCAGGGGAUACUGGUGUUGUGGAGGAUCACUCCAGCAAUCGGAGGAUAGCAAGUAUGCAGCAAUUUCCAACAUCAUCGUCCCAACCUGUGGUCGCAAAUGGAGUUGCAAGCAUUCCUGUGGCUGCUAUUAUGCCUCAACUCCAAACUCUUCUUCAUCAAAACGCUACGCAACAGGACAUUUUGAUGAGUCUUUUGAGUACUGUAAAUCCAGGAGAGGUCCCGGCCGCUGCACGGAUGAUGUUUACAAAUCAACGAAACUUCUACCGUGGUGACGAUAUGGCCGACCCUCCUACAGAAAAAGAGCGCGAACUGCUUCAGCAACUCAACGAUUUGCAAUCUAGAGUGGGAUUAUUGGCGGAAGAAUUGCAGAUUGUAAAAUUACGGAAUGUACAGCUAGAACGCCAAUUGAACGCUAUAUUUAAUAAGGAGGAGGAGGAAAGAAUACGUAGGGAGGAGGCAGCGAAGGAUGAUGGAUAGAGUGGAGAUGCUUGUUGUGUUCCGUUUGAUUGGAAAACUUCUCUGGUGGCUUAACAAUGGGUGAGUUGCUAUUCGACUCACGCUGGUUAGGACAUCUUUCGCAGGUGAGAACCUGGUUGUGAAUAUUAUAAACCUGUGUACAAGCGAGGCGAAAAAGAUAUUUGUGGAAAUUUGAGUUGUCCACGAAUGAUAAAGAGUUCGGAGCAGGAAAGAAAGAAUGUCUUCAGUUUCGCUCAUUCAUUUAUUAGAAAAAAAUUAAUUCUAGUUUACGAUUAAUCA